AUGAAGAAGAAAGAGAAGAAGAAGAAGCGAGACCGCGAAGAUGCCGAGACGCUCAAGACUGUGCUCUUGCCUUUCCUCCAAGAACUCAAGGGCAUGACGUGGAAGACGUGGCGCAUCAACGGCAAGCCGGGCAACCCGUUCAUCGAAAAGUACACGCGCGAGAACUGCAAGAGCCUUGGCGUGCCCAACUACUUUGACUUUAUCCAAGUGCCCAUGGACCUCACGCGCAUUGGCGAGAAGAUCCAACGCAUGGAGUACGUCGAGCUCUCGCAGCUCACGCAGGACGUCGCGCUCCUCGUCAACAACGCCAAGACGUUCAACCCCGCCGGCACGCCCGUGCACCAGAUGGCGCUCGACUUCCAAAAGGUCUACGACGAUAAGCUCGUGCAGUACAAGACCAUUUACGACGACGUGCACGCGGACCGGAAGAAGCGCAAGAAGGAGAAGAAGAAGAAGAAGGACAAGAAGAAGGACAAGUAG